AUGAAUCUAGUGCAUAGUUUGCACCGAAAGCCUCGCUGGGCAGCCCUUUUCGAUUUCACCAUCAAAAAGCACAUUCCCCUCCUCUGUUUAGCUAUCUUGGUCACCAUAGCCGCAGGUCUUGUGAUUCCAGUGUUCGCUAUUUUUCUCGGUCAAAUAUUCGAUGCUUUCACUUUGUUCGGAGGGGACCAAAUCUCCAGUCAGGACCUGAUUCACAAAACGACACAUGGCUGCAUAGAACUGGUAAUCCUCGGUAUCCUUGGAUGGCUCUGCAAUGGAGUCUAUUUCACACUCUUUGUCUCCAUGGGGGAGUUCCAAGUUGCAGAGGCCCGUAGGAAGCUAUUCGAGGGUUUGCUGCGAAGAGACCAGGAAUGGUUCGAGAGCCACGAGGUUGGGGCAAAGACGUUUCUUUCUACUUUGCAGACUCAGCUACAUGAGUUGCAGAUGGCAACCUCCCAGCCCCUCGGACUAGUACUUCAGUACUCCGUCCAAGCUCUUGCUUCCCUGGGCCUAGCAUUUUAUACCUCCUGGAGCCUUUCUCUCGUUACCCUGGCGGGGAUACCGAUAUUUUCUGGCAUCAUCUCACUCCUAUCCUCCAGAAUGGAACCUCAAAUCAAGCAACAACAAGAAGAGCUGAGCCGAGCUUCGAAGGUGGUUACCAACAGUACCAACUCAAUAGAUGCGGUGAAGUGUCUCAACGGACAGAAUUUCGAACUUCAGAAUUUUGUGAAAAAGGUCGAGCAAGCUGCAUCACAUUAUCUCAAACAAGCUCGCCUUAACGCUUUACAAAUAGCAACAAUACGAUUAAUGACUUUCGGCAUGUUUGUUCAAGGAUUUUGGUACGGAGGCAACCUGGCUAUUUCUGGAAAGCUUUCAUCCGGAGAAGUUUUGCGAACCUUCUGGGCUUGUCUGUCGGCAUCCCAGUCCAUGGAACUGGCACUCCCACAAGUCAUCGUGCUAGAAAAGGGAAUAGUUGCGGCUAUCUCGUUAAAGAAGAUUAUAGGCGUAGCCGACAAAAACAAAAUGGAGCAGAUGAAAGGCACAUCAUACCCGCGCUAUUGCGAAGGAGAUAUUGAGGUCAUGAACCUUGGCUUUGCGUACUCGUCCCAGCCUGACCGGCCGAUUUUAGACGCAGUCGAUUUGUUCUUCCCGGCAGGGGAUACAACAUUUGUCAUUGGGGAAAGUGGAUCUGGCAAGAGCACGCUUGGACAGCUUCUCGCACGGCUCUAUUUGCCGACAUCCGGAGACAUUCGUAUCGAUGGUGUUCCCAUACAGAAUUUGGAUAUCAAUUGGAUCAGAAAUAACAUUACACUGGUUGAGCAACGGAGUGUCUUGUUUAACGAGUCCAUUUUCAUGAACAUCGCAUUUGGACGUCGGGAUUACAACGAAAUCAAAAAAGAAGACAUCCAAGACUCUAUCAAUAUGGCGAUGCUGCAGAGUGUGAUUGAGACCCUACCUCAUGGAAUUGACACCCUAGCCGGUCCCGGAGGAAGCUUUCUUAGUGGUGGCCAGAGACAAAGGGUGGCAAUCGCUAGGUCUAGAUUGAGGGAUACUCCGAUAUUGAUCUUGGAUGAGUUUACGAGCGCACUAGACCACAGGAAUCGUGUUGAAGUUAUGAAAGCUCUUCGAAAAUGGCGGAAGGGGAAAACAACAAUCAUCAUCACUCAUGACCUCACGCAGAUCCUGGAUCAUGAUUUUGUUUACGUUAUGGAUAAAGGCUCAGUUGCUCAGGCGGGAUACAGAUACCAGCUCAGCAGGACACCAGGGAACGAAAAGUUGUUCCCAGUUGGCGAAAAAGAUCGCGAUUCCGCAGAUACCCUAGUUCCUGAAAAAGGCAGGGGCUCGGCCGUCCCUACAGCUGAAGCACCUGGACUCUAUUCCAGAAUCUCUCCUUUCCCCAGGAGCCAUGCGGAUACGGGAAUCGACAGACGGGCGCAUCCCCGAGCAAGUAUGUCGCUUGCGUUGAGCUCUCCUUGGGAUCUACCAUACAGCGUUCGGUGGAGUGUCGAUGCAAAAGGCACGACCGGCCCAGUUGACAUUCCAAUGCAUGUGCUUGAUGACAUGCCAUCUGAUGGCACGAGUCGGGCCAAACAUUUUCGUGCAUCUGUCUCUGACAGCCACCCUCAAAGAUCGAGCGAGCCAAUAACCCAAGAACAAUCAGCAGAGACCUCGCAUCCAAAACAAUACAACACCACAUCACUCGCCCGAAUAAUGCUGACAAUUGUACCGUCUCUAACGAGAGGACAACGCAAUCUUUUGAUUAUUGGAUGCCUAUGUACUCUUGGCCAUGCCACUAUGACUCCUCUAUUUUCAUACUUCCUAUCUCAACUUUUGCAGACGUUCUACGAUGUGAACUCCAGCUCUAUGAAAUGGGCGCUAGCUGUGCUAGGUGUUGCAGUGGGUGACGGAAUUAUCUCAUUCUUUAUGCACUAUUUCCUAGAGAUAUGCGGCCAGGCUUGGGUCGAUAGUCUCAGGAAGAAAGGCUUUCAACGUGUGCUGGACCAACCCAAACAAUGGUUUGAUGAGGAAGGGCACAGUUCUUCUCAGCUUGCUGCACAUCUUACUCUGGAUGGAGAGGAGAUGCGGAACAUUGUCGGCCGCUUCGGUUGCUUCGUUCUAGUUGCUGCUGCGGUCAGCAUCAUGGCGGUCGUAUGGAGCCUCAUUGUGUGCUGGAAGCUUACACUUGUUGCACUGGCCUGUGGACCGGUCAUAUAUGCUAUCACAAAGGGAUUUGAUGGCACGAGUGGACUGUGGGAGAGGAGAUGCAACGAGGCCAAGAAUGUGGCAUCGGAACUGCUUAUCGAGAUGUUUUCGGAGAUUCGGACAGUGAGAACCUUGACUCUAGAGUCGUUUUUUCACCGGAAACACCUGAAUGCUACCGCGAAGUGCGUAGCUGUUGGCCUACGGAAGGCAGUCUACACAGGUGUCCUGUUUGGUCUCGUCGAAGUCACUAUUAUAUUCGUCAGCGCCCUGAUAUUCUUUUAUGGAGCGAUUUUGGUUUCGUAUGAAGGGUUCACAGUCGAUAGGAUUUUGACCGUGUUCUCCAUGCUUCUAUUUAGCAUUGGCUAUGCAGCCACGGUUUUAUCAUGGAUCCCGCAAAUAAGCACUUCGCGAACAAUGGGCUCUCGACUCCUACAUCUUGCAAACCUUCCCCAGGGGAAAUCCCACGAGUACAACGGAGACAUUCGCCUUACCCGGACUAUCCCUGUGAAAAUCCAUCAUUUGAAUUUUCACUAUCCUUCGCGACCUGAUGCACUUGUUCUUAAGCAGGUGUCGAUUGCCAUCCCCGGGUGUUCGUGUACGGCCAUCGUCGGACGUUCCGGGUCAGGCAAAUCGACGAUUGCAUCACUCCUACUAUCCCUUUACGAGGCGCCGGUUUCUAGCGACGACAAGCCAAGUAUUUCAUUCGGGGGUGUCGACAUUCGCCGUCUGCACACACCGACUCUUCGAUCCCUAGUAUCAAUUGUUUCGCAGCAACCAACUCUGUUCCCGGGAACUAUUGAAGCUAAUAUAAGCUACGGGUUGGAAGAAGAUUCCUCGCUCAACAAUCUGCGCAAUGUACGCGCUGCAGCCAAGGCUGCCGGCAUCGACGAUUUUGUUUUGUCCCUUCCAAACGACUACAUGACCAUCAUCGGCGACGGGGGAGUCGGUCUUUCUGGGGGACAAGCGCAGCGAGUGGUCAUUGCCCGGGCGCUCAUUCGAAGACCGCAAGUGUUAAUCCUUGACGAGGCCACGUCCAGUCUUGAUCCAGCCAGCGCAGCGCUCAUUCGGCAGACCGUGCAGAGGCUGGUCGCGGCCCAAUCAGGGCUAACUGUGAUCAUAAUCACGCAUGCAAGGGAGAUGAUGGAGAUUGCAGACAACGUCGUGGUUCUUGAGCAGGGCCGCGUCAUGGAAACCGGAUCGUACCAGGGGCUCCUCGCGCGGCCAGGAGGCAGCCUGAAGGCGUUGGUGGAAGGGGAUCAAAGCCCCAGUGACAAGUGA